CCCACUCGGGGGCGGGGCCUGCUUGCGCGGGAAGCGGCGAGCGCGGCGGCGGGAGCUGGCGGCACGGGUGACUGACCACCGCGUCCCUGCAGACUCUAGAGGAUGAAAGUCAUCACUUGUGAAAUCGCCUGGCACAACAAGGAGCCUGUGUACAGCCUGGACUUCCAGCACGGCCCUGCCGGGAGGAUCCACAGACUGGCGUCCGCGGGGGUGGACACCGCUGUCAGGAUCUGGAAGGUAGAAAAAGGACCCGAUGGAAAGGCUAUUGUUGAAUUUUUGUCCAAUCUUGCUCGCCAUACGAAAGCUGUCAAUGUUGUGCGUUUUUCUCCAAAUGGGGACAUUUUAGCAUCAGGAGGAGAUGACGCUGUCAUUCUGUUGUGGAAGGUGAAUGAUAACAAGGAGCCGGAACAGAUAGUUUUUCAGGACGAGGAUGAGGCUCAGCUGAACAAGGAGAACUGGACUGUCGUGAAAACGCUGAGGGGCCACUUAGAAGAUGUGUAUGAUAUUUGCUGGGCAACUGACGGCAAUUUAAUGGCUUCUGCCUCUGUGGAUAACACGGCCAUCAUGUGGGAUGUCAGUAAAGGACAAAAGAUCUCAAUUUUUAAUGAACAUAAAAGUUACGUACAAGGAGUAACCUGGGAUCCUUUGGGCCAGUAUGUUGCUACCCUGAGCUGUGACAGGAUCCUGAGGGUAUACAGCACACAGAAGAAACGUGUGGCUUUUAAUGUCUCAAAGAUGCUGUCUGGAGUAGGUGCCGAAGGAGAGGCGAGAAGUUACCGGAUGUUCCAUGACGACAGCAUGAAGUCGUUCUUCCGCAGACUCAGCUUCACUCCGGAUGGGUCUUUGCUGCUCACGCCAGCUGGAUGUGUGGAGUCCGGUGAAAAUGUAACCAAUACAACAUAUGUUUUCUCCAGGAAAAAUCUGAAAAGACCCGUUGCCCAUCUUCCAUGUCCUGGGAAGGCGACGCUGGCUGUCCGCUGCUGCCCAGUCUACUUCGAGCUGAGGCCGGUGGUGGAAGCAGAGCCAGGUGUGGAGCUGGUGAGCCUGCCCUACCGCGUGGUGUUUGCCGUGGCUUCCGAAGACUCUGUGCUUUUGUACGACACCCAGCAGCUGUUCCCAUUUGGUUACGUGUCUAACAUACAUUACCACACCCUGAGUGAUAUUUCCUGGUCCAGUGAUGGGGCCUUCCUGGCCAUUUCUUCCACGGAUGGUUAUUGUUCAUUUGUGACGUUUGAGAAGGAUGAGCUCGGAAUACCCUUGAAGGAGAAACCGGUUUUGAGUGUGAGAACUCCUGAUACAGCGAAGAAAACUAAGAGUCAGACACACCCUGGGUCUUCGCCAGGACCCAGACUGGUAGAGGGAACCCCCACCAGCAGAGCCCAAGACCCCAGCAGUCCCUGUGCAACGCCCCCUCAGACGAAACCGCCUCCGGCCCCCACGGCAGCCAAGGACACCCCUGCGACGACUCCUAGUGCCAGAGGCUUCCUGGCGGGGCCUUCAGAGGAGAAGACCCUGCAGCCCAGUGGACAGAAUGUGAAGGCCCACCCGUCCCGGAGGAUCACUCUGAACACCCUGCAGGCCUGGAGCAAGUCAACACCCCGGAGAAUAAACUUAAAACCCUUAAAGACAGGUACUCCACCAAAUUCUAUACCAACCACUAUAAUUUCCAGCCCUUCCACAGAAGAAAGUCAGUCAGAGACGCUUGGAGACCCUCAGGGCAGUCCCCCAGAACUGAAACGGCCCAGACUCAGUGAGCACAAAGAAGGUACCCAAGGUCUGGACCCUUGAUGAGACUGGUCUUAUGCCCAAAGGCUGCCAGAUCUGGGGACCCCCGUGUGCCCAGGGAGGGGUGAGGCUGAAGACACCUGAGACCAGUGGCAUCAGACGGAGCCUGACAGACCCUUGUAAAGUGAUUUCUAUAACAGAAGAUACACGUGGACUGAUUUCUCUAGAAAUAUGCUUGCUCUUGUAUUCAAAAUACAUUUUUACCUCAGAGAUGUGAACAUUUUAAUAGACUAAACGCUGUUUUUGACAAGUUUGUGGGACUGGAGCAUCACCUAGUGUGAAAAUCAGUAACUCCCCUUUGGAAUGCUUGUAUCAAAGUCCAGACACUUUACGGGUGGACUCCUACAGCCGGAAUUAGAGGAGAAAGUAAUUUAAGAAGACUUAUUCUGUUGAAUUUUAGAGUGUUUGAUUAUUAGAUCAAUUUAGCUUCCAAA